AUGGUCUUUUUCGUGUGCGAGGACUGUAACGAGACGCUGAAGCGCUUGAAAGUCGCGGCGCACCUCUGCAAGUGCUCGUGCAGCGCCAUCACCUGCGUCGACUGCAACAAGUCGUUCUACGACGACAGCUACCUGCAGCACUCGACGUGCAUGAGCGAGGCGGAGCGCUACGAGGGCCACCUCUACCAGGCGCCGAAGAAGCGGAGCGCGCAGGACGCGUGGUCCGACGUCGUCGAGGGCUCCGCGGGCGACGGCGCCGCGCCGGCGGAGCUCGCGCCGCUGCUGCCGCGGCUCGCGGCGCUCGACAACGUGCCGCGCAACGAGAAGAAGUUCAAG